AUGAUAACAAUCACCACUGCUACGAUCGAUGAUGCGUAUAAUGAAGUAACAAAAUGGAGAAAAAACACCUUCUUGGUCCCGUAUGGUAAAACUGGUCGUGACUUUAUUGACCAGUUAACGAAGCUUAUCGACGACUGGAACAAUAGAUCACCCAUGCAACACCUUGCGCUAAAAGCCGCUAUUGUUCUCCUCGCUACUGCGCUACAAAAGCCUCGUCAGCGGUCAAAAGCAAAGAAACAUCAAGAAUGUCUUGAGAAACGGUGGAGAAAUGGCGAGAUCGAGUCUCUAUUACGCGAAGGGAGAAUGAUCCAACGGCGCUUAUUAAGGUCGAACAAGAAUGAUCCACCAAAUAAAGCGCGCAUUUUUGCAAAGCUGGUCAUGGAGGGCCAGAUUAAUUCGGCCCUACGAUAUCUCAGUAAGGAUGAUAGUGGAGGAGUAUUACCGCUGACUGAUGAUGUUGUGAGGCAACUAAGAGAAAGGCUGUGCACAGAAUUUGUUGAUCCGCUGACCAUUGAGCCUAUCUUAGCCAGUCUCCUUAUUCCGCUUGACAAAGGCAAUGGCGAGGUUCGCCCAAUCGGCGUGGGCGAAGUGAUUAGAAGAAUAAUAGGCAAAUGCGUCACUAGAGUUGCAAAACAAGAUGUGAUCAACGCAAGCGGGGUCAUGCAAGUGUGCGCUGGUCAGAAGAGUGGAGGGGAAGCCGCAAUACAUGCCAUGCGCAAUAUCUUUAAAGCCGAUGAAACU